CGUCGACUUGGCUUCGCACGCCAUAUACGCCCCAAGAAAGACCAAUGCAGGAGGCGACUGCUGGUCCGUCGACGGCCACUGGAAUCUCGCCGCCGCCGGCCAAGCGGCGGCGCAAGUCGUACGCACGCCGGACGUGCCACUCGUGUCGCGCCAGGAAGCAACGGUGCGAAAUCCCCGACGAGUCCCUGCUCUUGCUGCCGUCUGCGGAGCCGCUCAUCGAGUCACUGGCCUGCACGAGGUGCCGAGCGGCAGAGAUUCCAUGCAUCCUCGACGACUUUGACCGGGCGGCAAGGAUCAGAAUCGAGCGCAAUCGGCAGAGCAAUGAGAGCGGCGGCGGCGAUGGCAGCAGUGCUGAGCAUGCACAGCGCCGCCGACGGAGGACGGGACGGGUGGAAGCGGCUGACGGUAACGAAGACGAUGAUGCCGCGUCUGAGAGGGAGACAGAUUAUGCGGAUGCUGCUGAGAUCGAGGAGCAACAAAGACGGCUCGCAAGGGUACAUCCCGAGGAUGUCAAUCGCAUCGAGGAGUACUUUGCAAGGAGGAGGCCCGUGACGAUCCUCAUCGAGCUUGUUUCUCGCCAGCCUCGGUUCGGCACAGCUCUCCGAAACUGCAGAAGAGACAGUAUGGGCAGUGGUGCAGAACUACAGAUGGACGAUGUUGUCGAUGACGACCUGAGCCAGGUCAUGUCUGCUUGGACCGAGAAGGAAGUCGUCUUAUGGCUCCCUUUUAUACCCUCACCGUGGUCCCUACGUCUGCGGCGGAGGCAGCAGAGACAGGCGAUUUCCAAAUCCGACGAGGCUUCGCAGCGCAUUCUCGAGACUGUUCAGUAUGCCAUUGCUGCUCAAAAUAUGGCUCGGAUCGACGACCGCCUCCGCAGGACCAUCACGACAACGGCCCAGACCAUCGUCGAGCAGUGUCUCGGCACCUUGAUGCUCUCUUCUCCCUCUUCCGCCGAAGACUCCAUGGCUCUGCAGCUCUUGGCUGCCUUUCCCGUCAUAUUUGGUGACCCAGGCCCGACUGCCUGCGUCGCAAAGCGUGUCGCCUUCCUUAGCCAGAGAACGGCCGGGCUCAACUACAAUGCCAGCUACGGUGACGAUUGCGAUGUUGUGGCGGAAGCCGAUCCGUACAUUCUCUUCUGCAGCGCAUGCGUAUGGGACGGCGUCUACUCGUACGGAAACGAUGACUAUCUCGUCUACCACAAGUCCGACUGGUUUCUCAAGGAGAAGAAGAUCGUUCAAUUCCUUGGCGAUCUUUCAAAUCAGCCGCGAGAGGCGACUGUGGCAGAGAGGAGGCGAACGUUGGGCAAGCUGUGUGUCUUGCUUCGGGCGCUCUGCAUGACCCACAUUGCCAAGGCUUGGACCAGCUUCGACCCCAUCGAAAAGGGCGGUGAUCCAGCAGAACGAACGGCGAAACUAGGCAAGUGCCUCGAGUCCUGGGGCGAGGACAUGGAUCUGUAUCGCGCACGCGUCGAGCACCACAUUGCCAUUGAUGUGCGAGCGCAGGAUGGCGAUGAUCAUGACGACGAGUCCCGUUGCAAGCAGAGGAUUGUUGAUUGGCUCUUUCUCGAAUCGGCGGCCGCUCACCUCAUCAUCAGCGGCAAGGCAUUCUGGCGCGCAUGCGAAGCCAACUUCACUCCUGCCUACCUGCGCGACUUGAUCCUGGGCAUCGACAUCCACCCAUCCAUCAAGGCCUUCUCUCACCGCCAUGGUGACAUCCGUAUGGACGCCUGCGACACCGUCUUGUCAACCAUGGCGCGCAUGUCUGCUGCAAGGACAGCUGCGAUGGCGGGCCAGGAAACGGGAGCAGAGGACUCCGACCUGAUCCCUCCACUCCUGGCCUCGGGCUACUUGCUUGAGUCAGCCGUGUUGGCCAUGGACAUGUUCAGCACUUGUCUCAAAUUCUUCAAGGGCAUGCCUAGUCGUGCCAGCUCCUGGCAGCUGUCCAUGAAUGGUGCUGUCCGCUUCACGGGCAGCCUCAAUCGCGUGCCCAUCGAAGAAGGCGGUACCGCGGCAGCUUCUGCCAAGAUUGUCUCGGGUAUGCUCGACAUUAUCAACAUCUGGAAGCGUGCACUGUUCAGCUCGCGCGUUGGCGAAGGCGCAGCGACAUCAGCGGGUCCCAAAGACAAAGGUCCCGCCAAUGAGGAUAAUCAAGGUGCUGCAGAUGCCUCUGCUCCAACUACUAAAGCGCAGCCAAAGCCAAACGCAACUGAAACAACAGUCGGAAGCAAUGAAUCACCAGGCACGACGACGACGGCCACAUCGCUCCUCGAGAACUUCGACGACACAGAUUGGAGCAUGGCUAAUCCCCUGGCCUCUUCGACUGGUGGCGACUUCAGCCACAUGUUCCUCAAUACCGAGGCACUUCAAGGCAUGAUGAAUGAUGUCUUUGGACGUACCGAGUGGGGCGAUGUCCUCAAAGAGCUCGAAGGCGGACCUUCGUCACUUUUUCCAGUUCCUCCCAUGUAGAGUUUCUCUUCACUACUGUAUUAUUACAAACUGCGUCUAUCAUUUGCCUAAAACGAAA